AUGUUCGAUGCCGUGACUUAUGCCUACUCACCUUCUCUUUCUCUUUCCAAGGAACGACCAACGCUCGAUAAUCCUUCAGCAGCCGGCGCUACAAACAUCACCUUGUCCCAAGCUGUAGACAAUAACAUGCUCUCAGUUGCCAAACAGCUGCUGGAGAGUGGCGUAAGUGAUUUCGCUUUUUCUUCUUCCCCCUCCUCUCCUUCGUCUCCUUCUUCGCUGCUGCUCAGACUAAUUGCUAUUUGCUCACUUCAUCCCCUAAUUCAUGGUUACAUCGAAAUGAUGGAGCUUCUCAUCGACAACGGCGCCUACACUUACCUGGUUGACAACAGCGGUAACACUCCCCUUCACUGGGCGGCUAGAAAUGGCAAUUUGGCUGCUGUGGCUGUAUUGUGUAGAUCUGCUCCUACCACCUACGUGGAGAACGCCAAUUGCCGUACACCACUGAAGGAGGCUCGCAAGCAUGGCCACCCCGAGAUUGUGCAAUACCUGGCUUUCCACGAUAGCACUGAAGAGUCGGAGCAACCUGAAGGAAGUGAGUUCGAACACACCAUCGUCGAUGCUGUGGUAAGCAAUGCAUUUCACUUUCCAUUCAACUCCUUCAUCAUCCACGUCUUUGUCACUGGUAGUUCUGUGAGAUCGGUUCCACUUCAAGCACUUCAUGCAAGGUGUGCUGUCCGUGCGUGCUGA